AUGUCUCAUGGUACAAGUAAUUUAAAAAUUUCCAAAAAUGAAGCUGAAAAAGUUGAAGAACUUAUGACGAAGAACAUGAUCAAAGAAAAGAAAUUGAUUUUAGUUGUGGAUCUUGACCAAACUGUCAUUCACGCCACUGUGGACCCAACUAUAGGGGAAUGGAUGAGAGAUCCAAAGAAUCCAAAUUAUCCAUCCUUGAAGGAUGUUCAAACAUUUUCAUUGGAAGAAGAACCAAUACUGCCACCAAAUUAUAGCGGUCCAAGACCUCCAACUCAUACAAGAUGGUACUAUGUGAAGUUGAGACCUGGUUUAGAAGAGUUCCUCAAAAAGAUUUCCAAAAUUUACGAAUUACAUAUUUAUACAAUGGGUACUAGAGCUUACGCUAAAUCAAUAGCAAAGAUUAUAGAUCCUGAAGGUGAAUAUUUUGCAGAUAGAAUAUUAUCAAGAGAUGAAAGCGGUUCUUUAACUCAAAAGUCACUAGAGAGAUUGUUUCCAACUGAUACAUCAAUGGUCGUUAUUAUUGAUGAUAGAGGGGAUGUCUGGAAUUGGAGUGAUCAUUUGAUAAAAGUAGUACCUUUUGAUUUCUUUGUGGGUAUUGGUGAUAUCAACUCAAACUUUUUACCUAGACAGAGGUCAUUAUUAGGUCCAACUAAAAGACGUGGAUCAAUUGCCAAAUUGGAGGAAGAAUUAAUUGAAAAAUCUCAAAAUACAGAAAAUACUAAAGAGCUAGAAAACUUAGAACGUAAAAUUGAAGAAAUUAGAGAAGAGCAUCAAUCAAAACAAGAUAAAGAUGAAGAAGUUGAAUUAACUGAAGAGCAAAAUGCAGAAUUAAUGGCUGCACGUUCAUCGGAAAGAGAAGCCUCCUUGGAGCAACAGAAAUCUGAUAGACCACUAGCAAAGCUUCAAAAGAACCUUGAUAAGUUAGCAGAGGUGAAAGAGAAUCAUGGUAUGGAGAGGUUAUUAUAUGAUGACGAUGAUGAAUUGGUUGGUUUGGAACAGGCAUUGGUUGACAUCCACAAAGAGUUUUAUGAGACUUUAGAGCAAAAGAAGAUACACCCAGAUAUUCAAGUUUUAUUACCACGCAUGAAACAAAAGGUUUUUGAAGGUUUAACAUUUGUCUUUUCUGGUUUGUUCCCUGUUGGAAAUAAUAUCAAUAAUGAAAGUAUUGUUAUAUGGGCAAAAUCAUUUGGUGCAACCAUCAGCUCAUCGAUUGCAUAUGAAACAACACAUGUCAUCACAAAGAGUCCACAUACCUUAAAAGCACGUCUAGCUAAAACUAUGAUACCGAGUGUUAAAAUUGUUCAUCCAAAUUGGUUGUUUGACAGUAUGUCAAAUUGGAGACGUUCACCAGAAGAUGAAUUUGAAAUUAAAAUCCAGAAAAAUCUUUCUCAGAAAGAAGUUGAUGCUUACAAGGAGAAACUUGCAGAACAAGAAUCGAAAGCCAAAGAAAAUGGUGAGAUUGAAGAACUCCUUGAGAAAGAAGGCGAUCUCUUGGGAGGUGAUAUGAACUGGUUGGAUAUUGAUGAAGAAGUUGAAGAGUUUUUGAAUUCAGAUAGCGAGGAUGAAGAAGAGGAGAAUAAUGGAGGAUCUAAUAAGCGUGGUCUGGACAGUGAUUCUGAAGAUGGUGAGAUGAAAAGAAGAAAACAAGAGGAUGAAGAUAAUACCGAAUUGAUGCUGGGUCUAGAUGGAGAUGAUGAGGAUGGUGCUGACGAAUAGCUUACGAUAAUAAACACAAUACUGGCUAACUAGGAUAUAUGUAGUGAUUUUGGUAUUUGUAGGUAAUAUUCUUUAUUACGGUGUUGCCC